AUGGUCCGCGUUGUACCCGUUGCUCUCCUUGCCGUCCUCUCCUCCAUUCCCUUCGUGACGGGCGGUCCCAUUGCCUACGGAAUAUGCCAAACUGGGUGCAACACCGUUGCGGUGGCUUGCUAUGCCGCCGCUGGCUUCCAAUUCGGUACUGUCGUCGCUGCUGUUGCUGCUCCUGCGACUAUUCUGGCGUGCAACGCCGCUCUUGGGACAUGUUCGACCGCGUGCGCCACUGUGGCGCUCUUCGCGCCGACGCCUUAG